AUGUCUCUGUCCCCUUCUAGGAUGUUUAACUGGGUGGCGAAAGUUGUGCCCCAACCUCCUGAUGACCCGGGCAGUCUGGGAGAAGAGGGGUCUCCAACAUCAGGUAAUGUGUUGACUUGGCUCUCCAACGGUUUUGUUAGCGCUCUACCGCAGCCAGCCGGGAGUCCACUCCUUAGCAGAGCCAACUCAGAGGCCAGGUCAACCCAAGAGGAUGGUGAGAACAGGUCAGGGGUCAUCGGUUGGAUUUCACAAGGAAUCGGCAAAGUCGUUCCACAGCCUGAUGAGAAGUAUAGACAGGGAAUCAAUGGAGAACUAGACGAAGUCACUGAGAUUUAUGAAAUGAAGGAUCUUCCAGAACCACUGCCACACAUCCCCGUUGUGGAGCUGUUGUCAGAGGAAGAGGAGGACUAUGAGGUGGAGGAACCUCAGUUCCCUCCCAAAGUGAUGCAGUGGAUUAAGAGCGGCCUGGAGAACGCCCUGCCUCACCAUGUGGUUCGUCCACCAGGUUAUUUAGACAGCUCUACACAGAGGCCACGCCCCUAUGGAGACAGAGUUUCAUCGCCACCAUCUGAGUCCAUGAGCAGCAGUGUGGCAACUGCCAUGACUGAGGUGGAUUCCAGAGCAGCCAGUAUGGUGGGUUGGAUCGUUCAUGGCCUGGGACUUGCGAUACCACAGCCAGUUCUGAGACACAAGGAGGAUCAGGGAGAGGGUGCAGAGAUUGCUCACACCGCCUCACCAGUGGUGAACCUCAAACCUGCCCAAAUGGACCUGGUUCUGGAGGAGGUCGACUCCAACUGGGACGCCCCUAACCAGGAGAAACGGUCUGAGCAGCCCAAUUCACAGCCACCAGUCACAGAGCAGCCGGUACAGGAGCUGUCCACGGAGCAAAUGGAGGUGCAGGAGCAGCCAAAGAGGGUGGAGCAGAUGGUCCGGGAGGAGCAAGAGCUGACGCUCAACAUCCCAGAGGUCACGCAGGCGUCCAGCAUACAACUGGAGGAUGCGGAGACCCAGACAGGGAGGUGGACGCCCUUCGUCGAGAGCCUUAAGAGAGAGGCUGAAGAUGCUGCCAUGGCAACCAUGGAAGAAAGGUUGCGUCAGGAGCGUUUGGAGACUGUGAGGAUGGCAGAGGAAGUGGCCAGAGAGACAGCACUUAGACUAUUGGCUGAGCAACAGGCUCAUCUGACCAUGUGCAAUGCCAUACAGGAGGAGGAAGAGGAGGAGGAGAAUGAAGCGUGUCAAGAGCUUUGUCCAGUUGAAGCCUUCUCUCAGGAGGAAGAGGAGGAAGCAGGGGAGGAGACAGCAGGUAGUGUCCCAAAGGAGGACGCUCCUGUGGAUGAACCAGAACCAGAACCAGAACCCACCCCUCCCCCCACACCAGCAUCAGUAGUUCCUCCAGCAAAGGAGGCGGAAGAAUCAGAAGAAGAAGAAGCCCAGGAUUCCUCACCCCAAGCCAAAGCAGAACCAGCCCCCAUCACCCAGCAACCUCAGCCAACCGACACCAACACCUCCCCUGAACCUCCCACUGAGGAUGCCGCAGCUACUGAGGGGACAUGUGGUGUUCCCUCCAGAUGUGACCCACUAAAGAGCUGCCUGAUGAAAAUACCCCACGUUCCCGUGUGCCUUGACCGCUGUAACAAACUGCUGGAGGAGAACGACAUCACGCUGCCCAAAGUGCCGCCCAUGCCCAAGUUGCCCCCAGAGCUGUCCCAGCUAAGCCAGCGUCUGCCAUCUCUACCCCCUCAGCUCACCCAAAUCCAGCAGCAGCUAUCUCAGCUUCCUCAGCAGCUUUCCCAGCAGGUGUCGAAACUGCCCCAGCAGUUUUCCAGUCUCCCGCAGCAGAUUCCCGGUUUUCCCCAACAGUUUUCCAAUCUGCCUCAACAGCUGAGCGGUCUACCACGGCAACUCUCGAACCUUCCUCAGCAGGUCUCCGCUCUUCCUCAACGGAUCAGCGCAGCUCUUCCUCAACGGAUGCCUAAGUCACAACCACAACCACAGCAGCAGCAACAGAGCAGGGACCUAGAGCUAGACCGUCUGGUUCGGCAGUCUCCCCUUCACCAGCCCCGGACCCCCUCUCCUUCCUCCCCCAGUUCCAACCUGGACCUGCCCAAUGUGCCUUCCUACCCCCGCCUGCCCCCCAUCUCCAGACAACUGUCUGGGCUCUCAAACCCCGCCUUCCACAUCGAGGACGACCUCGCCUCCGCCCGACCCAAAGUUAGUUCUAGACUGAGUAUGCACCCAGCAGUCAACGUGGAGGACGUAGACUCAAACGGAGAACAUGGAAGAGGUUCCCGCCACAUGCCCCAAAUCGUCAACCUGCAGGACCCAAACCUGAAGACUCUUACUGUCCCCGGUGCCCCCAAAGCCAGCCGGACAAAGGAGAAAAAGCAGCAGAAUAUCUGGACCAAAAUAAAGAGACUUUAUUCUCAGGGAGAUGAGGAAGAGGAGGAAACCAUGACAACUGUCAGGGCAUGGCCCAGUCAGAGCAGCAUCCUGAGUUCCGAUGAUCAGAUGAGAGAGAGACCAGCGUCUGCUGCCAGUCAGGCCAGUAUGGUCGUUAACGAACGCCUGCAAGAGCUCGUCAAACUGUUUAAAGAGAGGACAGAGCGUGCCAAAGAGAAACUCAUCGACCCAGACGACUCGGAUGAUGACACACCUCCAGGCUCUCCUUCCAAGGCAGUCCCUGCACCUCCUCCUGAGCCUGCCGCGGAGCCAAAGCAGGAGGAAGGAGCGCAGGAGGGCCAGGCUCAGGAGGUGGAGGAGGAGCAGUACGUUGAUGGGCUUUGCUGUAAGGUGAAAAAACGUUCCAGGGCAGGAAGACUGCUGCAGUACCGCUUCCCCUCCAGCAUCGACCCUUUUACCAACCUGGUCUAUGUCCUGUGGUUGUUUUUUGUCACUUUGGCUUGGAAUUGGAACGUGUGGUUUAUUCCGGUUCGCUGGGCCUUCCCCUAUCAGACCCCAGACAACUUCUACUUUUGGCUUUUGGCUGACUACCUGUGUGACUCCAUCUACAUCCUGGAUAUCCUGGUCUUCCAGCCCCGCCUCCAGUUUGUACGAGGUGGAGACAUUGUGAAUGAUAAGAAGGAAAUGAGGAAAAACUACACAAAAACCUUUCGAUUCAAGUUGGAUGUCAUCAGCCUCCUACCAUUUGAGCUGUUCUACUUUAAAAUAGGGAUCAAUCCUCUGCUUCGUCUCCCCAGGGUUCUGAAGAUCAUGUCUUUCUUUGAGUUCAACAACCGGCUAGAGGCCAUCUUGACCAAAGCUUACAUCUACAGAGUCAUUCGGACCACCACCUACUUGCUCUACUCUCUCCACUGCAAUGCCUGUUUGUACUACUGGGCCUCUGCCUUCGAAGGACUGGGGUCCACUCAGUGGGUGUACAAUGGCGAAGGAAACAGUUACAUUCGCUGUUAUUAUUUUGCGGUGAAGUCCUUGAUCACCAUUGGUGGGCUUCCUGACCCUUCCACUCUGUUUGAGAUUGUGUUUCAGCUCAUCAACUACUUUGUGGGUGUGUUUGUGUUCUCCAUCAUGAUUGGACAGAUGAGAGACGUGGUUGGUGCGGCCACAGCUGGACAAACAUAUUACAGAACCUGUAUGGAUAACACAGUGAAAUACAUGGCCUCUUACCGCAUCCCCAAAGAGGUACAAAACCGCGUCAAGACCUGGUACAACUACACCUGGCAGUCCCAAGGCAUGCUGGAUGAGCAAGAGCUUUUGGACCAGUUACCUGACAAAAUGAGGCUGGACAUUGCUGUGGAUGUGAACUAUUCCAUAGUCAGUAAAGUGGCUCUCUUCCAGGGCUGUGAUAGACAGAUGAUCUUUGAUAUGCUGAAGAGACUCAGAUCCGUCGUAUACCUGCCAGGCGACUAUGUCUGCAAAAAGGGAGAGGUGGGGCGAGAGAUGUACAUUAUCAAAGCAGGGGAGGUACAGGUGGUGGGGGGGCCAGACGGAAAGACUGUGUUUGCCACUCUAAAGGCCGGAUCGGUGUUUGGAGAAAUCAGCUUGCUGGCUGUGGGCGGUGGGAACCGGCGUACGGCCAACGUCAUAUCUCACGGUUUCGCAAACCUCUUCAUCCUCGAAAAGAAGGACCUGAACGAGAUCCUGGUGCAUUACCCUGAGUCCCAGAAGCUGCUCCGCAAGAAAGCAAAGAAAAUGCUGACAAAGGACAAGAAACCUGCAGAGAAGAAGGAAGAGGAGAAGGAGUCAGCGCAGGUCAUCCCAAAUCGAGCGGAGACACCCAAACUGUUCAGGGCGGCGCUGGAGAUGACUGAGAGGUCGGGCCUCAGGGGAACACUGGCCAAGCUGAAGGAGAAGACUAAUAAAUCCACCGUUUCUCUACGGCCGUCCAGUGGUGCAUCUGUGCAGAACUCCUCUUCUCCUGUUCCUGGGCAACACUUGGAGCAGGAGCUGGACCUCCUCUCCCAGCUCUCAGACAGCUCCGUGCCCAUCCCCAUGACCCCUUCCUGCCAAGGAGACGAGGUUCUUUCGGGAGCGGAAGGCGGGGGGAGCAGAGACGGCAAAUAG